UCUCCCUUUCCCUCUUCCCUCUCUCUACCUCUCCUCUCAUGAACUCUCUGAAGCGUUCACCAUCACCAUCACCAUCCUCCCAAUCCCCCGAUUCCUACCACUUCUCUCUCCCCCCGCCUUCUAUUUCCUCUGAUCAAGAGCUCUCUGUAAUCGUCACUGCCUUGACCUCUGUCGUCUCCGGCACUUCUUCCCAUCUCCAUUACUCCAUGGCCGAUGCCUUUUGGCGCCAAAAUCAAACCCCCCUCCCUUCAUUCCAUUCCGACUCCUUCUCCCCCUCUGCAACCAUUUCUUCCUUCACUUCUUCCACUACCCACCCAAUUUUCCCUCCCUCUGUUUUCGAAACUUGUACCGUUUGUCAAAUCCAAGGUUGUUUAGGAUGCAAUUUCUUUCCUCCCUCCGCCUCCUCGUCCUCCCAGCUUUCCUCCGAGAAGAAGACUGCAAAUAAGCGGUCGAAGAAGACUUAUAGAGGCGUUCGGCAGCGGCCCUGGGGGAAAUGGGCCGCGGAGAUCCGAAAUCCGAAACUGGCGACUAGAGUUUGGUUAGGGACGUUCAAUACUGCUGAAGAAGCUGCUAGGGCUUAUGAUAAAGCGGCGUUGGAGUUCCGAGGGCCGCGAGCGAAGCUUAAUUUUCCGUUUACGGAUGAUUCGUUGAGAAUGAUGAGUUCGGAGCGGGAAAUACAGAGGACGGAAAGUGAAAUUUCGAGGAACAGUAGCAAUUCGGCGGGGAUUGGAAUCGGGAAUGAAGAUGAAAUAUGGGGGAAAAUUGCUAAAGAUGAAAUGGAUCAAUGGAUGUCGACGUUGAUGACAGAUCACGGCGGCGAUUCCUCGGAUUCCGCCAGUAUUGGAACUUGGGAAUUUUCCUGAUACCCUUUUUAAAAUAGAAUAAUAAUAAUAUGUUGGGUAAAGUUUUGCUCCUGAUUUUAUAGGGAAAAUAUACUUUGUGCAAUUUGAUAGCAUCCAUUUUUGUCCAUUCUAUUUUUAUUAGGACAAACGAAUAAAUUAGACAUAGGAUAUAUCAUACACAUGAUCUAUCAAUUUGCAUUCAAAUAAAACAUAAAUUCAAUAUUGUUUUUUCCUUUCA